AUCCCAGUCAUGUUCAUGACUUUUAACUUUCUGUCCUUCAGGGAACAACCUAUCUUCAGCACCCGAGCUCAUGUCUUCCAGAUUGACCCAAACACUAAGAAGAACUGGGUUCCCACCAGCAAGCAUGCUGUUACUGUCUCCUACUUCUAUGACAGCACAAGAAAUGUCUACAGGAUAAUCAGUUUGGAUGGCUCAAAGGCAAUAAUAAACAGCACUAUCACCCCCAACAUGACAUUUACUAAAACAUCCCAGAAGUUUGGCCAAUGGGCAGACAGCAGGGCAAAUACAGUCUAUGGCUUGGGAUUUUCAUCUGAGCAUCACCUUUCAAAAUUUGCGGAAAAAUUCCAGGAAUUCAAAGAAGCUGCACGGCUAGCAAAGGAAAAAUCGCAAGAAAAGAUGGAGCUGACAAGUACACCCUCCCAAGAAUCGGCUGGAGGGGAUAUUCAGUCUCCUUUAACGCCAGAAAGCAUUAACGGGACAGAUGACGAGAGAGCUACGCCAGAAGUGACACAGAACUCAGAACCAAGGGCUGAACCAACCCAGAAUGCAUUGCCAUUUACCCAUAGUUCGACAAUCAGCAAGCACUGGGAGGCAGAACUGGCCACGCUCAAGGGUAAUAAUGCUAAGCUCACAGCAGCCCUGCUGGAGUCCACUGCCAAUGUAAAACAAUGGAAACAACAGCUUGCUGCAUAUCAGGAGGAAGCAGAACGUCUUCAUAAGCGGGUGACUGAGCUAGAGUGUGUAAGCAGCCAAGCCAAUGCAGUCCACACACAUAAAACAGAAUUAAACCAGACCAUACAGGAAUUAGAAUCUACACUGAAGAAGAAAGAAGAGGAAAUCGAAAGAUUGAAACAAGAAAUUGACAAUGCCAGAGAACUCCAGGCACAGAGGGAUUCUUUGACCCAGAAGUUACAGGAGGUAGAAAUUCGAAACAAAGACCUGGAAGGCCAGCUGUCUGACCUAGAGCAACGUCUGGAGAAAAGUCAGAAUGAGCAAGAAGCUUUUCGCAAUAACUUGAAGACACUUUUAGAAAUUCUUGACGGAAAAAUAUUUGAACUAACAGAAUUACGAGAUAACUUGGCCAAGCUAAUAGAAUGCAGCUAAAGAAAAUGGGAUUUCAGUGCCAAUCAGCUUAAAGAUGCACUGUCUCUCUUCAUAGGACUUUGUUGGGCUCUGCAUCAAAGUUGCACAAAAUUAGAAAUGCUCCUCUGAGAGGGUUUGUUUUAAAUUUGAGUCAUAUUUCAAUGUAAAAUUCAGAACUCAGCUUGUAGCUAGCUGAAGAGAAAAAAAAACAAACAAAAAGCUUGAAUUACAAAUUACCUCCUUGUACUUUAUUGGCCAUAGAUAACUUGAAUGGUAUUAACACUAAUUGAAUGCAAUCCUUUUCUAAUUAUCGGUGAUGGAAGAAUUACCAGUGUCCCAGAUCACAUCCCUUUUUUGUGAAAGACACAGUAUAGGUUAUCUUCUGUUUUAUUUAUUUAAUAUAUUUAAUUGCUAUGUUUUGUGCAAGAACUUUGUGAUGACAGCCCUGUAUUUUGUUGUUAAUAAUUUCUCAGGAUUCUUUGCGCUGUGGAAAAACAGUGCCAUUACCAAUUUAUUCUUGCCAGGAGUGAGAGAGAGUUGCAUCUUUAGUUGAAACAAAGUUCCUAGUUGCUUGUGUGAAGUUCUUCUUUUGGGGUAUUUCAGUUGGUUGGUCAGCUGGUUUUUGUUUGUUUGUUUGUUUUUUUAAUCUAUAUAUAUACUGGGAUAUACCGUAUUUCUUUAUGGAGCUUACUCUGGUGUUCUACAGUAUUGUCCACUGUAAGGUUUACAUUAUCAUAUGAAUUCCAUGUAAUUACAGUGAGAUACUAUCUUCCACUAAAUCUGUAUGUUGAAGCCAACCAAUGAUGGCAGGUGAGUCCCCGAGGAAAAAAAGGAAAAAAAAAAAGAAAAAAAAGAAAAUGAGAAUUUUAAAUGUAGGAUUUGACAUGCACAGAUAACGAGAAAUAGCUAGUCAUUUGUUGUCUGGCCUUGCUACAUAUAUCAAAUACCUAUGUCAAAUUAACUGUUAGCCUGUUCUGCAGGAGACUUUUUCAGAAUGUCGCAUGAAUUUCAGAUUUUGUGAAUAAUGGCUUAUAGGGAGCAGUAUUUAUUAUAGACUGCAUUAAGGGCAAGAGAUGUUGCAAGGGACUACUUGGACACUGAACUUGUCCAGCCAAGAAGGGUGUUUGUAAAAGUCUUGCUGUCACAACAAGUUGAAAUGGAGACGUGUUUACUCUUUUAUGGGUCUUCAUAUCACAUCCUUACUGAAACAACACCAGACAAUAUUCACAACUGUUAACAAAAAGCUUAAAAACAGGAGAUAAUUAAUCCAGUUAUCCUCAAUGAGCAGGUUUUAAAGUUGUUUUGAGGAUGUUUUAACAGACUUUUGGCAACCACACAUUUCUUUAUAUAAUAGAUUUACUUAAAAACAACCACAACAAAACCACCUCCGAAAGGUAAGCCAAGUGUGACGUGUCUUGCUUCAAAGUACAUUCUUGCCAUAAAUUAAUUGCUUGUAAUUUUGAAGAGGGCUUUUUUAAAAUGUAUGAAUGAGUGUCAGACUUCAGAGUUGAAAGAUGCACUGUUUGCUCCCCAAGUUUAUUUGAAUGUUAAACAUGAAAUCUAGCUGCUUAUAAAUUUGUACAACAUAAUUUUCUCCAUUUAGAGACUGCUACUGAAAACUAGAAAAGAUAAGUUUGUUUUUGUGUGUACUGUAUGUCUAUACCAUAUAAUACACACAGGUUCUCAUUUAUAUUAGAAAUACAUGCUUUAUUUCUAAAAUACUGUUUUUUUCUCUUUACCAGUGAUUUAUCAGGUGUCCCCUGACUAGUCAGGAAAGUGGUUUAGGUCAAAUGCUAAACCGUCAUGUAUUAUACUGUAUGUAAUGUACACAAUGUUUAAGUUUUAUCCAUAUUUUUAGGGUAUUUUCUCACCUAUUUUAUUUAUUGAUGGGGUGGAGGAGCUUGAUUCAGUGUGCUACUGGUUGAAAACUUUGUGAUGAGCUACAUGUUUUUCUUUCAGUGAUUUUAGGCAGUGAUGUGUACAUCUUCAUCAGGUCCACAUGAGCAAGUAUCACAAGAUUUCAAUUUAACUGGGGAUGUUUGGGCCCGAUUUUCCUGUCACUUGUGCUGCUGUAAACCAGAUGCGUCCCUGAUGUGGUGUCAGCAACGUUUAGCUGGCAUAACAUUGGAGGAAAUGCAAGGAGAAUCUGGCCCGUUAAUUAUUGCUCAGUGGACAUAAUAAGGAUGAAGAAAGAAUAAAAACAUUAGAAACUUGAUGAUGGAAUAAAUGUAAUAUUAUUUUUAAUGAUAUUAUUAUUGACAUUUUUAAAGAUAUGAUGUCAUUUACAUAUGGGAAAAUAGUGGACAGAAAUACUUCCACUUAAAUUUUGUGAAUAUGUGUGGUACAUGAGUAUUUCUAUGUAUACGUACACACACAUAUGUAUAUAAAGAACAUGAAAAAAUUUAGAUGUGCACAUUUUUAAUAUUUUCCUAUUGAAAUUAAAUUUUAAAUUGGAAAUUGAUAUUUGAGAAUUUCUUUUCUCAUUCAGUAGAUAUGCUUCAUUUCAUUUUUUACAAUUACUGAGGGCUGCACCUUUGAAUUCCCAAACAGUUGUCAAACAUGAAAUGGGAUAAGGUGGACUUACGUGCACAUAUAAAUAAAAUCUGAAUGCUAUGAGUAUUUUUAAUGUUUAUUUACAAUAGGUGGGUGUUUAGAAUUUGAAACCUGAAGUUCAUUCAUAGGUGGUUAUGCCUACUGUAGCCUCUCCAAUUCUGUGUCAAGAUAAUAGUUUGCCUCUUUGAAACGUGACUUUUCCCAGGUAGAGGUAUUAUGAAUUGUGUCUAUCUUUGAUGAAACUAUGGGAAUUCGUGUACCUGAAAACACUGUUGAGUACUACAGGUUGAAAAACGAACGUGAUCUUGUACAGGAGAGGCGAGCAGCCACAUUGCAUAAACUUUGUUAAAUGGCAACUAUAGUCUUGUUA